CAGGUUGGAUGUAAUGAAGUCGAAUAACUCUUCUUCGGUGGAAAGUAGCGGCGAUUCACUACCACAGAGUUACUUCGAUAUUGGGUAUGAUUCUUGUUUAAUCAGUCUUAGCGUCCUCAUCAUUGCCAUCAACCUGUUAGUGCUUGUGUUGUUCGUCAAAAGAAGGCCUCUACGGACAAAAACCAACUUACUGUUGGUAAGUUUGAGCAUUUCUGAUCUAAUGAUGGGUGUUCUUGGGAUCCCGAUGAACACCGCUUGCAAUGCACUGGUCGGCUAUAAGAACUUCUCGGGACUGUGCAUAACUUCAGCAGCUGUUUACAGUUUUAUUGCUGUGUCCACUAUAUUUCACAUCCUUAUUAUUACUGGGGAAAGGUACACUUCUGUGAUCUACCCGUUUAGAUACAUGACUAUUGUCACCAAAAGGAGAACAGUUACACUUAUAACCUCUGUGUGGUUCUUUUCGCUAUUCAUGGCGCUGAUACAACUUGCGUGGCAAGAAUUGGACAACUUCACGUCUCGAAAUCCUACUAAACUUCGUUGGGGUCUGAUCUACAACAUGGUUGGCAUGGUUGUCUGUUUGUUGAUACCUUUAGCGCUCAUGUUGUUCUUUUACAUUCGAAUGUUUAAUGUGAUUCAUCACCAAGCAAAACAGAUUAGGAAGUUGGAAACUUUUCGCGAGUAUCGUGGCCGAGGCAAACAUUUAGUGACUGAAAAACGCGCCAUAUCCAUCUUCGCACUUAUGUUGGGAAUAUUUACAUGUUGCUGGUCCACUUGGUACAUAAGCCUCCUACAGGACUACCUCGGCACACAUGUGUUCUACGCCAUACCGCCAGUAUGGCUGCUGGUUUUUGACUUUUUGCGAUUUUCCACUUCGCUGAUUAAUCCGAUGUUGUAUACGUUCUUAAAACAAGAUUUCCGUCGUGAGUUGUGUUUGAUGAUUCCGUGUUUCAAGAAAAAAAUGAAGAAGAAUGAGCGGAGUGAUCAAAACACAGUAAUGGAAUCGAUGUUGUAACAGAAAAGAAAAACAAAACGGUGAACCAUAAUGACAUCUUAGACCUCUUUCCUGGCCUUGUUUUAGCUUGUACAGAGUAAGAGAAAAAAAAACCGAAAACAAAAGAAAAAUGUUUCUGGCGCGAUCAUAAACGCGGUGGGUAGUGGUAUAGGAUAUGUGAUUCGAAUUAAGUCGUUAAUACGUCCCUUUUUAAACAGGAAUUAUCCAUAGUGUAGCGUAGACAAAAUUUUAAUGAAGGAUUAUUAAUGAC